CGGCCUAAACGGGGCAGCCCUCGGCUUGGUUCUGAUCGGCCCAGCACAGCACAACUCGGAUAGCUGCCCGCUUCCCGCGCCGCUGCGAUGGAGCUGCGAGGUUCUGGAUUUCUGUUACUGCUCCUUCACAUCAUGAGAGCUGCGAUUGCACUGGAGAAGAAGAUCAUUGUCAGUAAACUUGGAGAUAACACUACACUGAGUUGCAUUUAUCGUGGAAGAGAAUUGCACUUAAAAAAUCUACGGGUAUACUGGCAAAUAGCUGAUGAUCAAGAGGAGUGUACAGUUGUACAUGCACUGAUCUCUGGUCAAGACAAUGAAAGUGAACAGUGUAUUCACUUUAAAAACAGGACUCAGUUAUUCUGGGAUAGGUUGGAAAAUGGUGAUUUUUCUCUGCUAUUACUAAACGUCAGCCAGAGUGAUGAACAUACAUACAAAUGUGUAGUACUGGAGAAAGCUGAAUAUACCAGCAUGGUUCAUCAGGCAGAAGUGGUUCUCAGUUUAGCAGCUAGUUAUAGCCAACCAAUACUCAGUGGGCCAAUAAGUAACAGUGACAGCACUGGAGAGGAGGUGACUUUCAGCUGCAGGUCUGGCAAUGGAUACCCAGAGCCCAAUGUUUAUUGGAUAAAUAAAACUGACAACAGCCACCUGCCUCCAUCGGAGCUAAUGAUCAUCCCGAACAACAAUGGCACUUACAGCGUUUUUAGCACGUUGAAGGUUAAAGCCACUUCUAACAUGCAAAUAGAGUGCUCCAUAGAAAAUAAGAUACUACAUGAAAAUCUAUCAGCCAACUACACUCAACAGAAGCAAAGCAAUGGGUCUAGCACGGAAAGUCACAAAAACCUGAAAAAAAAUGGACGAGGUGCUCAGGCAGCUGGCAUCAUUUCUGUCGUCAUUCUGAUAGGUAUUCUAGCUGUCGUAAUCUGCUGGCUAAGGAGACGGAACUCUUCUAAACUAGUGUCCUACACAGAUGUCCAGCUAAAUGAAGACAAUGGAGUCAACUCACCUGUCUAAAUGGAAAGUCUGCCAACAAUCUGGGCAGCUGAAGACGUGUCAAGAGAAGCAUCACCCCUUAUCUCAGUGGCAGUAUUACUUGUAAUACAAGUGAUAGAUUUCUGCAGAGCAUGCCAAGAAAGAUGGCCAAAAAAAGCUUCUCCAACACAAGAGACAGCAAAAUCUGCUGGAUUUCUGUUCCAGCCACUGGCUGUGUCCACGCAACAGUUGUGUCGCCACACCAGCUAGCCACUUUGGACAGUCUUCUGUGAUAGUCUGUCAGCAUUUUAAGCUCCUGCAGUGGAGGAAGCAGUAAGCCUGGGACUCAGCUACGCUGUACCAGACUACAGAAAGCUGGUGAGUGCCCAGCCUCUCAUCACCUUCGAGGACUUUGUUAGUAGCAGAAGCAACUGCAUUUUAGGAGUGUGGGAAGUUCUUACUGUGCCUCUUUAUCCUGAUGAUGACUACUGAAUGUGAAGAAAGGCAGCUAAAAAAAAAAAAACCACAAACCCCACAAAAACCAAAAAAAGCUCCAAAUAACAAACUACUGAAGAACUCUCUGCAAAAUGAGAUUUGUGACUUUUUCCACCUUUCUCACUCCACAGCACAUCUUUUAACUGUCUGGUUUCACCAGCUGCAUGUUAUUCUGUACAGAACAAAGUAAAACAUUUUGACCUAGUCCUCCAAAAAUGGGAGUUGCUCUGAUGGGGUUAAGCACCAAAUAUGUUACCAUAAUGGAAUGUGCUUUCUUUAGAUGCACUUGAUAUCAGCAUUUUGGUUUUUACCAAAUAUUCCACUGAAAAGGGGACUUCCACUUCUGACAGAAGCCGGUGCAUACUAUGUGAAAGAACAGGCUGUGGAAAUCUGACCAAUCAGAAACAGUGCCCUCUAUGUUAAUGUCAGGUUACCUGGACUUACCCUUUUCAGGAUACAACAAAAACUGGUCAAGCUCUGCUUGAUUCAGCUAGUCUUUAUUUAAGCACUCCCCUGUGGCUUCCAGGGAGUUUUAAACUGAAAUUUUUAAACUGAGAUUUUCCUUGUGUCCCAUCCCUACACACGCACAAAGAAAGUGCAGGCUACAUAAAUGUGUUUUCCAUGAAUGUCCAGAAAGCCAAGAACUGCAGUUUCCAUGGGCCAGUGUACGUGCCUUGCUAUUUCAUCCGAGUCAACCAAGAGAAACUAGUUGAAAAUAGCAAAGCAGUAAACUUUGCUGAUAGUAUGAGGUUUUGAAGGAGGAAGAAUCUAUACUAGCUCUCUUGCUUAGGUGGGGCAGUUUCCCCAUCUUGUCAUGGGGGUAUGGCAAAGAUGAUUUUAAACUGAGCCCUGCAAACUCUUGGCUUUUCCUCUACCAGUUGCUAGACUAAAAUUCUACUACUUUUGUGAAAAAGUCACAGCCUUGUUUGUCCGAGCUCAGUGUAUGAGAGGCACUCCAGUGCCAACCGUGAGGUAAGACUGAUUUUUUUUUUUUUUGUAUCAAGAUUAGCUUUCAAACCCCAGACAAGUGAAAAUAAAUUUUGAUGUCCUGUUCUCCCAUCACAUGGAAUCCAGAAACAUUUGGCAAUAGCACAGUCAGCUUUUGUUGAAGCAGUACCCCCAAGGAGGCUCUGAGUUUGGUAGCUGUGCACCACUACUAUGCUAGUAUUUUGUGGGAAGGCUGCACAGGCUCAGCUUCCAUGACAUUUAAGAGAAAGGGCAGUUUAGCUCUCACUUGAUGCAAUCUAGGCUUACCAAUUUGAACAGGAUAGGGAAAUUGUUUAGAAAAAGCAACAAGCCAAGCUGCAACUAAAGAAUUAAGCUCCUGCCUAGGUUCUAAGAAACUGUACAACUGGGGAGUUUUUAAAACAUCUAUUAACAUAAAGUAUAUUGUUAAUCAUCAGUGUCUGAAAAAUACUGGUUUAUUUAUUAAUUUCACUUUUGUCCUUUGUUGUCUUCCAAUCUACAUCUGUACCAUAUCCUGGCAGUAGGGCAUUUAGCUGACAACAUUUAUCAAAUAAGAUUACUGAGGUGUCUUAAGUUACUUUAAAUGUCAGUCUUCCCUUGUCUUCUUUCACAUCCAUUAAUCUGUAUGUUAGGUAUUUUCUGAGUCCAUAUCUAGUCUUCAGUGAACCCCAAAAGGAAUUUUCUUGAGGAAAGCAUGCAAGCUUGCAGACACUUUAAAAAAAUGUGAACAUCAUCUGUGGGAAUGUGAACCAUUUCCUAAUGGCUCAGUAAGAAGUCCUGCAGAUGUUUCCUCACUCUCUGCUGCAUGAAGUUUUGUGCAGCCUUUUUCAUACUGCUAUAACUGAUGGGAGCCUUUUCUAAAAACAGUUUUUCACUUUUAGAUUCUGCAACUGCAAGAAGCUGUAACAAUUAAGAGAAAUAAGAAACAACCUAGCAAUAUGUUUCACUUCACAAUACGUUGUUAAACCAAUCUAGGCUAGUUGGAUUUUCCUACUUCUGGAUUACUUCACCGUACGUAGUGAAUACAUUUAAAUGCAACUGCCUGCUCUUGCAAAAUCCAUACUUUGAAUUGGUUUAGGUUUCCAGCUAUUUUUGGAGGCAAGUAUAUCCUAGAUGACAGUUGUUUGUUACCAGUCAAAGGACUUGGGAAUUCUGUAAUAACAGUUUUUGUCAUUAUGUACCAUGUUUAUAUUUGAAUAAAAUCCAUUCAUUCUUCUCAA